CGGCCGCCAUCUUCCCGCCUCAGCCGAAGCGAUCCGCACCAUUCGGUGAGCGCGAGCCCAGCAGCAGCUGCAGCAGCGCCGACCGCCAGCCUCGAACAGCAUCCCCACCUCCCCGAGAUGUCGGCUUCUGCCCCAGCUGCUGCCCCUCCUGCUGGAGGAGAGGGGGUCGGACCUCCUCCCCCACCCCCCAACCUCACCAGUAACAGAAGGCUCCAGCAAACACAGGCUCAAGUCGAUGAGGUAGUGGAUAUCAUGCGAGUGAACGUGGACAAAGUGCUGGAGAGGGACCAGAAACUCUCGGAGCUGGACGACCGCGCCGACGCCCUGCAGGCCGGCGCGUCCCAGUUUGAAACCAGUGCAGCCAAGCUCAAACGCAAGUACUGGUGGAAGAAUCUAAAGAUGAUGAUAAUUCUGGGGGUGAUAUGCGCCAUUGUCUUGAUCGUUAUCAUUGUUUACUUCAGCACCUAGUAGAAUUUACGGAGCCAUUUCCCAUCCAGGAGCAGCGGCCGGGAGAGGUGUGAGGGGGCGAAGUGUUCCCCCUCCCUCCUCUAAUUCUCAGCCAUAUCUUCCAGCCCCGCCUCCCCCCUCCAUACACCCCUUAUCCCCUCUCCCCCCAAUUCCCCCCCUGUGUGUGUGUGUGUGUGUGUGUGUGCAUUGCGUGUGGGUGUCUUGUAAAUAGCCUGAUUUGUUAUUUAUACAUAUAUAUAUAUAUAUAAUAUAAUAUUAUAUUUUGUCUGUUUGUAGAUUUAUUACUAGACUUUCCAUGUGUCAUGGAAUCUCCCUUAUUCCUGCCAACCCCUAAAUUUCUCUCUCUGACAGUGUUUUUUCAAUGUCUUGAUUUUUAACUAAACCUUUGAGGACCAAUAAUUCCCCACGAUCGCCUUUCCUCUUCUCCCACUUAGGUUGGCUCUUAACCACCCCUAACCCUUUCCAAAUUGUCCUCUGGAUACUAAUGGUCAACAGUGCCCUGUCUUGGAUUGUAGAUCCCUAUUUUUCUUCUUUGCCAUAACUCCGAAAUGUCAGGACACUUCAUAGGAAGUGGGGUGUGUUGAGCACGCACCUUCCUGGAAUCGGGGCAAAAUCCUUGCUGCCCGUAACUGACGUGACUUCUGACUAGACUAUGGUGAUGGGUGUUAUGAAUUCCUUUGCCCACUCUACCUUUUAUCACUGCCCCUUCCUCCUGCGGGGGGAAGAAUCUAUACCCUUUGUGAUCUUCUGUAACAUUCCUGGAGUUGUGCUGUGUUGCUGUGUCUUGAAAGUAAUCAACACUACACCUUAUAACCCCUCAGAUUUGGGAGGGGGCAGCGCUGUAUGAAAACCCUGCAACAGCCCACUCCUUGCAGCUGACGUCCUGCCAUAAAUAUCCUGUGUGGAAACUGCCUCUUGAUUUUUUAAAAUAAAUAAAUAAAUGACAAGGUAAUAAUAUCUACAUUCCACACCUCUUCCAUAAAGGAGGCAAGGUUAUUUAAGGUUGGGAGGAGUUCCCUACACUUUCCAGAAUAACUCCCAGUACCUUCUCUUCUUGCAAUCACUGCCUAUUUGUCAGGAAUUGGGGUGUGUGUGAAUGUGUGUCCGGCGUGACAGCAAAAAAAAGGGGGAAUUGAGGCUUCAGUUCCUUUCAGAAGUGACAGGGUGGUUAUGUUGCAAUUAUGGUUAACUUUAACAGAUUUGAUGUCAAGUAAUAUAGGAACUGGGUGAGGGAGGGAUUUAAAAUUGUGUGCUGAGGUGAGAAUUGCUGUUCAAUCCACAGGGCAAGGAAAGGUCUCCUGCUCUGGUCCUGGGAAUUAAAUUUAGGUAGGCACAUUGUAUCUUUGUGUCGUUGCCAUAUAGUGAAAUAAUGAUGUUUGUGUGCCGUCUCCAACUUCUGAAUGGAACUGCUGACAAGGGGAAAGGAUGUUUGUGUCUGUGUGGAUGGGGAGACAGGGUAGAGGGGGAGACCAGUAUGGAUACUGGCUGUUUGGGGGAGGGGGUGGAUGGACCCUUUUCUCUGCCCCCACGUCUCCAUCCUUGUCCCAGAUCAACAAGUUCAGCUUUGCAAACUUUGUAAUUGUGAUAUUGUGGUGAGUGACUCCUCUCCGGAUCCCUGUUUAGCACAAACUGCCAUCUUUCUUGGCCUGUUUAUAAUGUCCGUGUGACUUUUUUAUUAUUUUUUUGGUACAUCUUCUCCCCACCCCACCCCACCCCAUCUCUCCUCCCCCUCCCCCCACAACUUUCUCCCAAGGAGGGGAAAAGAUUCUCCCUAUCAACUCUCUGUGUACCGAUCGCUCUCGGAGGCCAAGGAAUUUCUAGAGGAACAAGAAGCAGCGUGACUUUUUGUUGGCAUCUAUGGCAAAGACGGUUGGGCGCCCUUGCCAGUUUAGAGGGAAAACUUGGCACAGGGGGUCUCACUGGCAGUGUUGGGGGACAAUAUUUGUUGUCUGUGUCUGGGGGUGGACAGGGCUGGAGUGGGGAGGAAGCCGGAAGCCCGUCGAAGUCCUGGCUCCCGAUACGGAGGGACAAGGGAGCCAGGAGAUUUGAUGAUGGAGGCUCUCCCAACCCCCGGCCAAGAAUGUUGUGGAUGCACUCUUUGGUGGGUACUUUUGAUUGUGAACUGCUGGGGAAAAGGUUCAAGGUGGAGAUGCUGUUGAUUCUAGUGUGCACGGGGGAAGCUUGAGUAGCUUCUUGAGUGACAGGUAGCUAUGGAGGUAUUUGACACAUCGUCUUCCAUACCUAGUGGAGCAGGGUGUGUGUCUUGGGGUGGGGCAGAGAAGGGGCUGCAUUUCUCUAGCUGGACUGCAGAUGUCACUGCUGCUCUCCAGCUGUUGGACACAGUUCCUCUAGUUCACUGAAAGAGGGAAAUUAAGAUUUUUAAAAAGGGUAGAGUUUACACCAGAAGGAUAGGCCUGUGUGCCCUGAAAGCAGGUCUGAUAGAUUAGGGGGUGAGGAAGGCUCUUCUGCUUUGCAUCUCCUGUCUCCUUUUCCUUCUCCCUCUUCCUCAGCAGGCCUGGGUUAUGCAGGAAGGGGUGGAACCCAGUAGGGACAGAAUUCAGAGUGAUUAUGCUGUGAAAAAAAUAAUACUGAAAUUUGGAAGAGGAAAAAAAAAGAAGAAGUUCAAUAAAUGUCCUGUGGAGAAAGCCCAA